GCCCAAAUUACGUCAUUAAUGUCAGACAGCAGCAACAUACAUGCCUUUUUUGCUUACAAAUAAUCCAAACGUGAUUUUUGAAAUUCGACUUCAUUUAAGAAUCCACAGAAGCGUGAGUCUCCGUCAAAGAAACUACUUACUUUACUUUCAAGCUGGCGAAGCAUACCAAGUCGAACACUCAGCUAUGUCUCAAGCUACCAAACGCAAACACGUCGUCAAAGAGGUUCUAGGAGAUUUUGUCACUCCAGCUGAUAACCAACAGAUUGUAAAGGUUAUGGGAAGCCGUGGAAACAACCUGCACGAGGCUGUCACAGCCCAAGGCGAGAACUUUCUGGUUAGCAUGCCUACCAAGUUCCGUAAAAACCUCUGGAUCAAGAGAGGUGAUUAUGUGAUUGUGGAUCCCAUAGAAGAGGGAGAGAAGGUGAAGGCUGAGAUCAGCUUCAUACUCUACAGGGACAACAUUCAGCAUCUUCAGAAACAGCAGCUGUGGCCGGAGGGGUUCACAGUAGAGACAUUGACAGAGGAGAGGAGAGGAGGACAGCAGCGGAAGGAGGAGGGUACAGGAGAAGAGGAGGGUAGUGGUCAUGGCAGCGAGUCUGAUGACGAUGAGAGCGAUCUGUUUGUCAACACCAACCGCUGCACUUACCAGUACAGCGAGAGCGAGGACGAGACGGAGGAUGAGGAGGACGGGAAGGAGGACAGACCAGAACAGCUCGUAGUGGGAAUUUAAGACAGAAGUAAGACAGAAGAAUUACUGUCCCUACUCUGACCGAGAAGUACAUUUUGUGGAAAAAGUCAGUUUCAGACAUUCCUGAUAGAGUAACUGAGGAUGUUUGUUAUGUGUACAUACUGUGUAAUAAAUUAAUUUUUAUGGUC